AUGAAGAUAGGUGGGAAAUAUCGAAUAUUCGAAACCCUUGGUAAUGGAGCUUUUGGUAAAACUCACAAAGUGACAAACUUUAGGGAUCCUUUUGCUUUGAAAGAAAUACAAAUUCAAAAGUCUACUGACACUUCAGCUGUGGACACUGAAUUAGAAGCUCACGAAAAUCUCCCGCGCCAUGAGCAUCUGGUGACAUUUAUUGACCACUUCACCGAAAACGACAACAUAUAUGUCGUUCUUGACUUUUGUGAGCCUGGGAAUCUGAAUGACUUUGCAGUUAGCGAGAAAAUGGACGACGUUGCAAUUACACGAGCAAUGAAGGACGUCGCUCAUGGCCUUCAGCAUCUGCACAAACACAACGUCGUGCACGGAAAUGUCAAACCUCAAAAUAUUCUGCUAACCCUGUCACAUGGAAACAAACCAGUGUUCAAACUCUCGGACUUUAAUUUAUCCAAGUGCAGUUGCUCUAAGGACCUUUUGUCCACCGCUUUCGCAGGAAACCAGCCUCUCGAUGCGUUUGUUAGUGGACCGUGUGGACUGACUUUAUUUUGGGCUCCCGAGUACAAAGAGGGGCUGUAUUCAAGUCCAGGUGAUGUGUUCAGUCUCGGUGUGGUGGUUUUUGCAUUGUUUUCUAUGCGACUGGAAAAGAAAACACUUUGUCCUGCGGUCAAGUCUACAGGAGGGGAGCGACCCCUGGCCCUGUGCAGUGAUGACGAGAUUGAAACUGCAGUGAAAGCAACAGUGUCGGACAGUGUCAGAGGCAUUGUGGGUAGAAUGCUGGCAGUUGAUCCUACAGGGAGACCAACAAUUAAUGAUGUCUUGGAUACUUUUGAAUAA